UGACAGCGCUCACUGCAGCGGCGUGUCCGCCUCGACCUGAACCCGGAAACAAAACGUCUCCUUCCGGUCGUCACAUUUUACUACAGAAAGGUAGAAAUGGCGGACAUGGAUGAAUUGUUCGGGAGUGAUGGGGACAGCGACAAUGAACAGCGAGACUCAGGCUCCGGCUCCGGAUCAGACUCUGAGCAGGAGAGACCUCGAUCCGCCAGCAACGCCUCAGGCAGCGGUAGCGGCAGCGGCAGUGAGAGGGAACGGGAUGAUGAUGAUGAAGACGAAGGCCAGGAAGGGGGAAAGCCCAGUAUAAACAAGGAGCUGUUUGGUGACGACAGUGAAGAUGAGCAGCACAGUCAACACAGCGGCAGCGAUAACCAGUCUGAACGCUCAGGGAACCAAUCAGAUGCCAGCUUGCACUCAGACCAGGGCGACAAUGAUCACUCUGAUGCGGAGCAGCACAGUGGCUCAGAGCGCGGCCAUCGAGACGAGGAUGAAGACGAGGAGGACGGGGGCCACCGGUCAGACGCAGGAAGCCCGGCAGGCAGCGGGAUGUCCGGAGGAGGGAGCCCUCACUCUGAGAGAGGCAGCGUCCGCUCAGACAGAAGUGCUGUGCACAGUGAUCCUGGGACUCCUCAGUCGGGGCCCGGGACCCCUCACUCUGAUGCUGAAGUUUCUGGCCGAGAGAACCAGUCAGAUGAUGAGAAGUGGGAAGGAGGGGUGAAGAGUGACCAGUCAGAGGAUGAGGAGGAGAAACGCCAUUACUCUGAUGAAGAGAGGGAGAACUCUGAUGACGAGGGGCCGAGAAACCGAAAGUCAGAGUCUGCUAAGGGCAGUGACAGUGAAGAUGAUUUCCUCCGACAGAAAAGCAAAUCAAAAGCCGCCUCUGAUUCAGAUUCAGACAGCGACAUCGGAAGAAAGAAACCGAAGGCGUCAGCAGCAGCAGCAGACGACCUGUUUGGUGAGGCUGACGACAUCUCUUCAGACAGCGAUGCGGAGAAGCCGCCGACCCCGGGACAGCCCCUGGAUACAGAGGAUGGGAUGGAGGGGGAGCAGGCUGAAGAGGAGCCCGCACCCGAAACUCGCAUCGAAGUAGAGAUUCCAAAAGUCAGCACAGACCUGGGAUCUGACCUUUAUUUUGUCAAGCUGCCAAACUUCCUGUCUGUGGAGCCCAGACCAUUUGACCCGCAGUACUAUGAAGAUGAAUUUGAGGAUGAAGAAAUGUUGGAUGAAGAGGGGCGGACCAGGCUCAAACUGAAGGUGGAAAAUACAAUUCGGUGGAGAGCCAAGAAAGACGAGGAGGGAAAUGAAACACGAGAGAGCAACGCCCGCAUUGUCAAAUGGUCCGAUGGGAGCAUGUCCCUCCACUUGGGGAAUGAAGUGUUCGAUGUUUACAAAGCGCCUCUCCAGGGAGACCACAACCACCUGUUCAUCCGACAGGGCACUGGACUGCAAGGACAGGCUGUGUUCAAAACCAAACUCACAUUCAGGCCCCACUCCACAGACAGCGCCACCCACAGGAAGAUGACCCUGUCUCUGGCUGACCGUUGCUCCAAGACGCAGAAGAUCAGAAUCCUUCCCAUGGCGGGACGAGAUCCUGAGUCACAUCGCAACGAAAUGAUCAAGAAAGAGGAGGAGCGGCUGCGAGCUUCUAUCCGCAGAGAGUCGCAGCAGAGGAGGAUGAGGGAGAAACAGCACCAGAGAGGCCUGAGCAGCAGCUACCUGGAGCCCGACCGCUACGAUGACGAGGAGGAAGGCGAGGAAGCUAUCAGCCUGGCAGCCAUCAAGAGCAAAUACAAGGGAGGAGGAGGCCUGAGAGAGGAGCGAGCAAGGAUCUACUCAUCAGACAGUGAUGAAGGCUCCGACGACGAUAAGGCCCAGAGGCUAAUGAAGGCCAAGAAGCUAGACAGUGAUGAGGAGGGCGAAGGAUCAGGCAAGAGAAAGGCAGAGGACGAGGAGGAAACGUCCACCAAGAAGGCCAAGAAGUAUGUCAUCAGUGACGAAGAGGAGGAGGAGGAAGAGGAGGAGGAAGAGGAGGACGACGAAUAAUUCACUUUUUUUAAUAUCAUUCCACUGUAUUAUCAGUGCUCGGCCCACAUGGCAUAUAAACAGCCAUAUUUUGUUUUGUAGAUUUUCUUAUGACCUGUGUGUGUGUGCGUGUGUGUGCGUGCGCGUCGGUGUGGAUGACUGUUUGUGUGUUUGCUUGUUUAUGUUGUGUACAGCAGAGGUGAGAAAUAAAGAGAUGGUUGUCUUAUGUAACCAAA